GCACUCAGAGAAGCGAAAGUGCGAAUCACAUGCUCAGGACAUAUGUGCCUCCUGGAUCGGCAAUGUACGUGUUUGUUAAACAAUUUAACAAAUUGUUGUAUGAUAGGGACGUAGAAGAGAGCUUCCAGGAGAAGAGGACACGCCUGGGUGGGGUGGUUUGCAAGGUUGGUGAGCCUAUGGAGAAUCAUGCCGCAAAGAUCUACAUGCGAACAAUGUUCGAGAAGUUCCAGGAUAGUAUGUACAAGAUUGGUUCUUACUACGCCGACAAGGUGGUGCCAGGGGAGAUGUAUGUUACAACACAUUUUGAUUGCGAGAGCCGAGAGAAGUGGUGCAAGGUGCAGUACAAGGUUUCGGGUAGCGGUGGCUAUUACACAUGCGAAUGCGGCAUGUAUGAGCACAUGGGCAUGCUCUGCUGCCAUGUCCUUAAGGUUCUGGUCCACCUCAGGUUCAAAUUGACGGUGGACGCGCGCGAUGUGUUGCCCAUGCACCUGGUGCACUACCAGAAAGAUCAGGGCCUGAUGACAUCCUUCAGUUUCCGGCAUUCCCAGCUAUACCUCAAUUGCAUGGAAGUGGGAUGUAAAUGUUGAUGCAUACACCACAACAAUGGAGUCCAUAAAGGUUAUGGUGCCAAAGCUCAAGAAGGUAGGUGUCGAAGGGGAUGGUUUAGGUCUCGAGGCGAGGCUCAACGUGAAGAAAGCUCGGGUAGAUGGUGCGGCUGCACAAAUGGUCGUGCAGUACCUCCACUGGGACAAUGGGGUCUCUGAUGCAAUCAGUCUGGAUGCAACCCUGCUCGCUCCAUCGAAGAACAGAAGUGGUGGAAGGCCAACAAAUAGCCAUGACAAGCCGCCGUAUGAGACUACGUCGAAGCGUACUAGAUUCUACACGAUAUGCAGGUUCCCCGGACACAAGAGCACAACAUGCCCAGACUGUCCUCCGGGGGUGGCGAAGCCUCGGAAAGAAGCAAAAUGCUCGAAUUGUGG